AUGCUCACCUCGAAAGAAACUCCAUCAUUGCUGGCGGGCUUUGCCAAACAGUACUGGCCACUUGUGAUCUUCGGUAUACUGGUAUCAUGGGCCUUGUCCCAAAAAUAUCUAACGCCUCUAAGGCACAUUCCCGGGCCGUUCUUCGCAUCAUGGACCCGCCUCCCCCGAUUCAUUGCUGUGGUGCGAGGCCGACCACAUGAAUGGGAACUAGACCUACACCGCAAGUACGGAAAGCUUGUGCGGACAGGCCCAGACCUUGUGUCAGUGGGAGAUCCAGCGGCAAUCAACGUCAUCUAUAAUGCCUCUGAUAAGUUCAAGAAGUCGGCAUUCUAUAAUCCUUUCAUGGUUUACGACGAUGAAGGGUUGCUUCCUGAUCCAUUGGUCUUAUCGGACAAGGCACUCCAUACCCGCAUGAAGAAAAACGCGUACAAUGCAUACUCGAUGGGUUCAAUGUUGCAACUGGAGCCCCUUGUCGAAGCAGUCACAGAACGCUUUUUCAAAAUCCUCGAUGAGAUGGCCGACACUCCAAGCCGGACGUGCGACUUGGGACAUUGGUUGCGCUAUUAUGCAACCGAUGUCAUCUUCGCUGUCACAUUCGGUGAGGACCUUAAAUUUAUGGAAAAGGGGGAUCCCAUUGGAAUGAUGCCGAUGCUUGAAUAUAUUGCGGGAGAUUAUGUGUCAAUUGUAAAGAGCUCUCCCCAACUAUACUACCUUGGAAAUCUGCAAAUGCAUUUGCUAACGCACGAUUCGUCAGUGCUUGGAAACAGUGCACCCGACGGUGCUACUUUAAAGCUGGCGCAAAAGCAGGUUGCGAAAUUCCGAGAGAAGAUGGCAGCCAAUUUAGUGACAGGUCCUUGCUCAUUCGUGCAGCGUCUCUUAGAGCACCAGGUAGCCCAUCCAGACUCAAUCACGGAUCGGGAGUUGAACACUCAUGCGUUUGGAAAUGUGACUGCGGGAGCAGACACCACUGCAAUUGCCAUGCGGACCAUCAUGUUUAACGUGCUAAAGAAUCCCGACAUCUACGAAACCUUGUGCCGUGAAAUUCGCGGAGAGGCCAAACUGACCCUUCCUAUCACGUACGCUGCUGCCAGUACCCUCCCAUAUCUAGAUGCAGUCAUCAAAGAAGCUCUGCGCAUCCAUCCACCCACUGGUAUUAUGUACGGCCGAACCGUGCCGCCACAAGGUGCUAUAGUAUGUGGAAAGUUCAUGCCAGCAGGCACAGAAGUGGGGAUCAGCCCUUGGGUGUUGCAUUAUGAUCCGGAACUGUUCCCCGAGCCCGAGAAGUUCCAGCCUGAGCGUUGGCUGUCCGCUGACGCUGACUUGGUGGCGCAGAGGAAGAGGUCCAUGUUCGCAUUCAGUGCUGGCUCGCAUACUUGCCUCGGGAAGCACAUCAGUUUGAUGGAAAUUACGAAGUUGGUAGCAUCAUUGCUAGUGAAGUACGAUCUUGCAUUGGUGGAUCCGAAUGCGAAGUUGUCAUUCAAGUGUCGGUGGUUUACACCCCAGAAAGGGCUGAUAGUGAAACUGGCUAAACGGCACCUUUAG